GCCAUUUGCCUGAUAUAAAAAAAGCCGUAACACCUCAACCCGGUACAGUCACCACUUGUCAUUACAUCAAGCAUCAUGAACACAUACACCGUGUGUAUGGCCUUCGCCAUGGCCAUGGCCGUAGUAGCCGAACCACCCUCUGGAUAUUCCUACAGCAGACCCAGCGGAGGUGGCGGCGGAUACUCUGGCGGUGGUGGAUACUCUGGCGGUGGCGGUUACUCAGGAGGCGGCGGAUAUUCCGGAGGUGGCGGUCUCCUGGGAGGCGGAGGCGGAUACCAAGCGGUCUCGUCGGGUUACCAAACUUCCGAAGGUGCCCAAGUUGAUUCUGCCCUUUUGGAACAGGUCCGCCAAAUUCUAUUGAAAGAAGAACAAUCUUCAUCUUCCUUGGGAGGUGGGGGCGGUUAUAGCGCUCCUUCCUCGUCAUACGGAGCUCCCUCGUCUUCAUACGGAGCUCCAUCCUCCUCUUACGGAGUUCCUGGUUAUUCUGCUCGCGUUGUCGGUCUUGAUCUCGAAGGCAUCAAGCAGGCCAUCCAAGUGGCUCAAUACGAACAAACUUCAUACGCCUCAGCGCCUAGCGGAAGCUACGGAGCUCCAAGGAUACCAUCAGGCUCGUACGGAGCCCCUUACUAAGCCUUGAGGCUUGAUGAACUGAAAACAAGUGCUGCUGUCACAAUCACACGGGUCCAUGAUGCAAUACCAUCGCUCACGUUUACCAUCUACCAUGUUAUUUUCAUGUUGUAUAAAGCUAUUAGGUUAAGUUUUUAUAAAAAAUACAUUUGUCACCGUA